AUGGUCAACAUCCAAGACUUUUUCAAGAACCUGCAAGAAAAACCUGCUGCGAAACGUAAGGUUGAAGAAACGGAAUCACCGAGCGCAAAGAGAAGCAAACUGGCAACUGCAAAACCUAAACCAGAAAUGAUUGAGUUAGACGAUGAUUUCGAAUUUGAUGACGAUGAUAUAAUGGAAAUAGAGCCACCCAAAAAGACAACUCCUAGAAAGAAAAAACCAUUGGCUUCACCUCGUAAAACUCCAGCAAAGGCAUCAUCACCUACGAAGAAUGAAACAAAACAGAAACCAACGGAACCUGUCGUAGGCGAAUCCAUAGAUCAAGUGCUUGCAAAGAUUCCAGAUGCAGAGUUACCCGAAGUGAAUGAGGGUGAAAAGCCAAAUUUUUUUGCUCUCAAAGCCCAACAAAAUGCAACUACGUCGACUCUGGUAGAUUUACCUGCAGCACAACCCAAUUGCUUGACAGGAUUGACAAUCGUAUUUACUGGUCAAAUGCCCUCAUUGGAUCGAAACACCGCGGAACUGACUGCGCAACAGUAUGGUGCAAAAGUGACGAAAUCGAUAUCUAAAAAGACUAGCUUAGUUGUGAUUGGAUCCGACGCUGGUCCCUCCAAGGUGAAGAAGAUUAGAGAAUUUAAAAUCAAGGCAAUUGAUGAGGAUGGGUUUAUUCAAUUGUUGUCAAGUAUGCCAGCUGAUGGUGGAAGUGGCGAAGUUGCCUUGAAAGCAAAGGAGAAACGUGAACAAGAAGAAAAGAAAAUCAUCGAAGAUGCAGAAAGGGAUGAAAGAGAGGAAAGAAAAGAAGAACAGAAAAGGGCCAAGAAAGCUCAAGAGAUUGCAAAUCGGAACGUUUCCGGUGGAACAUCACAACUGCCUCCCGUAACGCAGGAAGUACCAGCCAAGGAUAAGUUAUGGACAGACAAGCAUGCACCAAAAGAUUUCAACCAGCUAUGUGGAAACAAGGGCCAAGUUCAAAAAUUGCGCAGUUGGCUAGAGCAUUGGUUUGAAAACAAGGCUAAAAAUUUCCCUGGUGGAUCUGAUAAUCCAAGCUCAUAUAGGGCCGCUUUGAUCAGUGGUCCUCCAGGAAUAGGAAAGACCACGGCAGCACACUUGGUUGCCAACUCGUUAGGAUUUGAUGUUUUGGAGAAAAAUGCAUCUGAUGUUCGAUCUAAAUCAUUGUUGAAUGCCAACAUCAAAUCAGUUUUGAACAACACUUCAGUUAUUGGGUUUUUCAAACAUCGUGAUGAUGAACAGCAAAGCAGCAAUAGCAGAAAGAUUUGUUUAAUCAUGGACGAAGUUGAUGGAAUGUCAAGCGGAGAUCAUGGUGGAGCUGGUGCCUUAUCUCAAUUUUGUAGAAUUACAAACAUGCCAAUGAUCUUAAUUUGUAAUGACAAGUCGUUACCCAAGAUGAGGACAUUUGAUAGAGUGACAUAUGACUUGCCGUUUCGGAGACCUACAGAGAAUGAGGUGAAAAGUAGGUUGAUGACAAUCGCAUUACGUGAAGGUAUCAAGUUAGAUCCAAAUAUAAUUGGACAGUUGGUCCAAGCUACAUCUAAUGAUAUUAGACAAAUGAUAAACUUGCUAUCUACAGUGUCAAAGACUCAAAAGCUAAUUGGUACAAACAAUGUCAAGGAGAUACAAGCCAGUUGGAAAAAACAAAUUAUUUUAAAGCCAUUUGAUAUUGCUGGUAGACUUUUGUCUUCAGGCAUUUGGACAGGUCCCAGACAAAACUUGACUGAAAAGCUUGAUUUGUAUUUCAAUGACAUCGAUUUCGCUCCAUUGAUGAUCCAGGAAAACUAUUUAAAUACCCGACCAAGACUUCCGGGACCCCAUAUUCAACAUGUCGCACAAGCCGCCGAUGAUAUUAGUAUAUCGGACUCUAUAAACUCAUUGAUUAGAUCUAGUGAACAACAAUGGAGUUUGUUACCAUUCCACGGGUUGAUGUCAACGGUGAAACCAUCCUACGAAGUUGCUGGUCAAGUGACUGGUAGAUUGAAUUUCAGUGCUUGGUUGGGACAAAAUUCGAAACAAAUGAAGUUCCAGAGAAUGCUACAGGAGUUACAAUACCACACUAGAGUCAAGACAUCAACCACGAAGCAAGAAUUGCGUUUGGAUUACUUGAAUCCAUUGUGGGUUAAGUUAAACAUUCCAAUCAAGCAACAAGGUGAAGCCGGAAUUAACCAGACAAUUGAGACAAUGGAUGCCUAUUACUUGACGAAGGAAGACUAUGAUAAUAUUAGUGAUAUGCUCAACAAGCCUGUCGAUUUGGAUAAGAAAGACAAGGCUGCAUUCACUCGUAAGUACAACAAUGUUAUCCAUCCUACAGUUAUUUACAAAACAGGCAAUUCAUUUGGCGUUGGAGGUAAACGAGCAGCUCUGACAAAAGUAGAUUAUGAGGAAGUUGUGGACGAUGAUAUGGAGGAUAUUGACGAUGAUAACGACGGAGAUAAUAGUGAUAAAAUUGAUACAAAAAAGGACAAGUUAAUCAAACAAGUGCCUGUGGGAAAGAGUGGAGCCGCCAAGAGGACGACUAAAGGUCCAGCUAGAAAGAAACAAUAA